GGAGCCUCCGGAGCCGCAGGUGGCAGCCUCGCUCUCGGCAUGCUGGGCGGCGCAGCCGGACACGGGCUGGAAAGGUGAGCCGCUCCCCGCCCGCCACGCCAGACCGCCCGCACCAUGGCCAGCGCGGCCGCCGAGCUCGCCCUGCUCACCUUCGGUGUUUUGUUGGCGGUGUGCCAUGCCUUAGAGAACACAACAUCAGCCUUGAGGGAUCCCCCCGUGGCAGCUGCAGUGCGAUCCCAUUUUAACAACUGUCCAGAUGCCCACAGCACCUUUUGUUUCCAUGGGACUUGCAGAUUCCUGGUGCAAGAAGAAGAGCCCACUUGUGUGUGCCAUUCUGGGUACAUAGGAGCCCGCUGCGAGCACGCCGACCUCCUAGCAGUGGUGGCUGCCACACAGAAGAAGCAAACCAUAACCGCCUUGGUGGUGGUUUCCAUCGUCGCCUCCAUCGGCGUUGUCAUGGUCUGCGUCCUGAUACAUUGCUGCAGGAUACGGAAGCACUGCGAGUGGUGCAGGACGAUGGUUUGCCGGCAUGAGAAACCCACCGGGCUGCUGAAGGGGGCCACGUCUUGCUGCCACUCAGAGACAGUUGUCUGACAGCGACCACAGAUGGGAACAGCGCAGAGUUCUACCUGGGAGGCCUACGAUAUUCUGAGAAAAACUUUAAUAUGGACAAGACAGUUUCCAGGGACUUAAACAGAAAGCCAAUCUAGUGCAACUUUUGAGGCCUUCUCCGGAUCUUCCCCCAUAACGCUGGGCGUCCAGAACUUUGCUGAAGGAACCGCGUGGUCAGUGCAGCUUCUGAGUAAACUUACGUGUGGUUUGUGACCACCAGCAAAUCUCCAAGACUUCUUUUUAAUCGAAAUAGAGAAGAGCGACAAUCGGCAGCUUUACAUUUACCAUAAGCACCAAAGGACAAGCUUGUUCGCGGGAUGUGCCUGGUUUUUCUUGGAAAAGAUCUAUUUAAUGGAGGCCGGAUCCAGCGUCACCUGAAGGGCUGGCUUGGCUUUGCAUAUCUGUUGCAUCUUUUGACUCCUCUCCAGCGGAAGGAUGCUCCCCGUUGGGCCUCUGGGGGUAGCACCACCCUCCCUGUGACCGUUCAGCCGCAAGUAGAAAAACUGCAAGACGAGUAGCCUUGUCCGUGUUUGUAGUAUCCUGUUUGGGGAAGAGGGGAAAAAACCAUUGUGGGGGAGGGUAGACUGGUGCCAGGUGAGAGCAGAAGUGCUUCCCCUUCCUUCCCUCCUUCUGAGUCUUGGCUCCUGUCCAAGUGGGAAAUCCCUGUUGCCUCCUCGGCCGGGGUCUCUGGGUAACUUGGUGGCAGCUUUGCUACCUUUUUCCAACAAGAAAACAGACCACAGAAGCCUUAGUUAUUACAUGACAGGUGGGAAUGGGGUGUUGAAAGAGGUGCAUCUGGGCUUGUUUGUAAUACUGACGUAAACACCUUUGAGCUAGAUGAGAAGUUUACUAAAAAUCAAUAUUUAGCAGAGGUGUUUUUAAAACGCUGCACCGUUUCUGGGUUUACAUGCUUCUAACUAUUGCAAUGUCUUGGGAGAUAGACGAUUCCUCCAAGUCACAAACAUUCCAUAGGACUGGGGACAAUAUUCCACAAUUGUGUGGGUGCUUGAAUGUUUUGACCUCCCCCCCCCCCCCCUCCGGGCACAACAUAAGGGUUUGGUUCCAAGAGUGAGGUAGUUCUGGGAAAGCCUGUGCAAGUGUGAGCUCUGGGGGCAUUCCAUGAGUCCCAGAGAACCUUGGAAGCUGAGUUCUUCUCACCAAGGUCGAGAAGCUCCUGAGGUGGAGGGAACUGGGCCUUUGGCAGUUGCGUGGAGGUUUAGAGGCCUGGCCCAGUGGAGACCAAUGGCCUGGUUUCCAGUGAGAGAGAUGGUAAUAGAUCUGAGAGAUGCCUCAGGAAGCCAUUCUGAAUUGGCCAACCAUUAGUUCUGAUUUGCAUGCAAGCCAAAGCACCAGUUUCACCUUCUUUCCUUCGCUGAUGGAAAGAAGAUAUAUUUGCCGACUCUCCUGAUUUUUCAGGUUCCAUUUCCCCAGACAGAUGGCUUGGCAUGUCGACGGGAGCUUCGUGCCAUAAACUUUGUGGCCAUGUGACAAAGAAAUGAAAUGGGGACCAAUUGGUUUUGUUCCUCAAGUCGUCUGGCUGACAAAUGCUUCCGUUAUUUUUAGUGGGUCGAUUCUUGUUCUGCCCUUAUCAUAAUGGCAUUCCCUCUUUGGCUUUCCUCAAAGGGGAAAUAAUUUGGUUUUUAAACCCCCCCCCUUCUUUCCUAGCCUUGCUUCUCAACAACCAAUCUAUAGAUUGGGAGUUUCUCAAAUAAGUAAAGAAGGAAGAAAGGGAUUCCAAAAAGCACGGCUUUUGCACAACCCCUCAAGGCAUAAUCAAAGCCACUUAAGUUAGAGCCAGAGAGCUAAAGAAAAUGUACAUUUGCUCAGUUGAUAAUUGCCCCUAAGGAAAGCUGGAUUCCUACCAGACCUGGUUCAGGAGCUCCAGCAUCGGAGGGCUUCGGUUGCAUUUCUCCUGUAUUACGCUUUUGAUACUUCGAAUGGCAAAGCAGUUUCUCCAGGACAGGAUGCUCUCCCCCUUUCCAAGGGAGGAAAGCGCCUCCACUGAAGGCAACCUUCUGCUCUUCUCUGGGUUUCUGUUCUGUGAUGCUGUUUAGAAAUAAACGGCCCCCUUUCAGCUAGCAAUUGUUUAAUCUGAUGCGACCCGGACUCAUGGAAUUGAUCGACACUAAGCUGAGCGUAGAAGUAACAAGGCUUUGGGGGAGAAAAAUGGUUUAAAAUUCUCAAAUGAAAGGUUUCUGCUAAAGCAAAAGAGCCCUUUUUUCAUCUUAAGUGCAUUUGAGUUAUGCUGAAUUAUCAGCCACUAAAUGCCUCUUCCUUCCCCAUUUUGUGUGUUGACUCCAAGUUAACAUUUUGUCCUUUUUCACAAUUUAAGUUUAGUUUGGUCCAUAACCAAACUGAAGUUUUAUUUUUAGCCAAGGUUACACUUUUUUCUUCUGAAUAUGUUGCACUGAAGGUUGCUAUUUAAUAUUUUAAUUUAUUGUGUGGAUAAAUUAAUUUGAUUCGUGUAAGAUGUUUAUGUGAUUGGUUGUUGUUUCUUCCUUAAUACGCUGAGUUAAUAGAUAUUUAAAUGAGUGAAAUACACUUUUCAUAAUACUUCGUUGUAUUUUUUUUUAAAGGAAGGCUAUAAAUUAAAUAAGGAACUCUUUAUGCAAA